CCCUUACGUGUAUUCAAUUCUUUGACGUUCUAACCUAAUCUAACAUUCUCUCCUCCCAACAAAGGUCAUGGCCUGGAUUGAAAGGCGUAUUUUUUUAAAAAAAAGUUUGUAUGGAGGCUAAACUACUGGGAUUUUCAGAAAACGCCUAGAAUUUUCGAAAUCUCAAGGGAGAACGAAAAUUCCAGACGUUUUUCUCAUGAACUUUUGAAAAUUCAGCUUUAAAUAUUUAAUUUUUUUUAUUUUUUGCAUGGUUUUUGUUUGAUUCGAAUUCGGAUUAGGACAAAUAAUAUUCGGAGUAUCAUCGAAAAUCUCGGUAUCAAAGUGGUGUAUUGAAUUUGCCACGGAAUCCGAAGCUUGAUUUGUCUCCCAAAACCAACUAACUAGUCGUGGUUUCAUUCCUGAAACAUUCAUAAGCAUUGACUAGAGUUCCAACUCUUGACACUACUUGAACUGCUAUAACAACGAACUGCAACUCUAGUUUGAAAAAGGAAUCAAAGUAGUGAUAUUCAGGAAGCAGGAAAGAAGAUGAUGGUGGCACCGGUUGCAAAGAAAGAGAAACAUGAGAUGGAGAUGUUUGGCGACAUCAGAGUGGACAACUAUUAUUGGCUCAGGGAUGAUUCUCGCUCUAAUCCUCAAAUUCUCUCUCAUCUUCGCGCUGAAAAUUCCUACUCCCACCUCAUCAUGUCCGGGACCAAGCAAUUUGAACAAAAACUGUUUGCCGAGAUUAGAGGACGAAUAAAGGAGGAUGAUAUGUCUGUACCUUUACGGAAAGGUAACUACUACUACUAUGAAAGGACACUAGAAGGGAAGGAGUAUGUGCAACACUGUAGACGCGCUGCUAUUGACAAUGGAGUCGUCCAAUUGUCUGUGCAUGAUACAAUGCCAACUGGUCUUGAUGCUCCUCCUGAACAUGUUCUAUUGGAUGAGAAUGUUAAGGCUAAGAAGUAUGCAUACUACUGCAUUGAUGCUUUUAAGGUAAGUCCUAACAAUAAGCUGAUUGCAUAUGCGGAAGAUACUAAAGGAGAUGAGAUCUAUACAAUUCACAUCAUUGAUGCUGAGACUCUUGAACCCAUUGAAAAGCCUCUGGCAGGUGUGACCUGUGAUUUUGAAUGGGCAGGUGAUGGAGCCUUGUUGUACAUUACAAUGGAUGAGACCCUUCGACCUGACAAGGUGUGGUUACAUAAGUUGAGAACUGACCAAUCAAGUGACUCUUGCCUUUACCAUGAGAAGGAUGAAAAGUUUUCACUUUAUCCAAAUAUUUCUGAGAGUGAGUGUUAUGUGUUUGUAGCAUCUGAAAGUAAAACCACAAGGUUCAUCUUCUAUCUGGACACUUCAAAACCAGAAGAAGGCCUCAAUGUUUUGACUCCUUGCACGCAAGGUGUAUCUACAUAUGCCAGUCAUCGCGGCGAGCAUUUCUUUAUUGGGAGGAGGAAUGAUGUUUGCUUCAAUUCAGAACUGCUAGCUUGUCCAAUAGGAAAUCUAUCUGCAAUGACAGUGCUGCUCCCACACAGGGAAAGUGUAAAGAUUAGUGACUUCCAGCUUUUUCAGAACCAUCUUGUUGUUUAUGAGAGUGAAGGUGGUCUCCUGAAAGUAGUUGUCUAUCGCCUUCCUGCCAUAGAUCAGCCGCUUGAAAACCUAUUUGGGGGCCUCAAUGUUGACUUUGUUGAUCCUGCAUAUGAUGUGCACCAUCUGGAGUCGCAAUUUUCUUCCAAUGUUUUGAGGUUCUCAUACAGCUCCUUGAGGACCCCACCUUCUGUGUAUGACUAUGACAUGGACAGUGGAGAGCGUGUCUUGAAGGAAAUUGACACAGUAUUAGGUGGUUUUGAUGCAUCAAAAUACGUGACACAAAGAAAGUGGGCCACUGCAUCAGAUGGUACUCAUAUUCCAUUAUCGGUUGUCUAUCGGAAGGAUCUUGUAAAGCUUGAUGGUUCAAAUCCAUUGUUGCUAUAUGGCUAUGGAUCAUAUGAGAUAUGCAUAAAUCCUACUUUUAAGGCAUCAAGGUUAUCUUUGUUGGACCGCGGCUUUGUUUUUGCCAUAGGUCAUAUUCGUGGUGGUGGAGAAAUGGGGAGGAAAUGGUAUGAGAAUGGAAAAUUAUUGAAGAAGCUGAACACUUUCACUGAUUUCAUUGCAUGUGCUGAGUAUCUUAUAGAGAAUAAUUACUGCUCAAAGGAAAAGCUGUGCAUACACGGAGGAAGUGCCGGAGGAUUGCUAAUUGGUGGCGUCUUGAAUAUGCGACCUGAUUUAUUUAAGGCUGCUGUACUUGAUGUACCAUUUGUUGAUGUUGUGUCAACAAUGCUUGAUCCAACAAUUCCUCUGACGACUGCAGAGUGGGAGGAAUGGGGUGAUCCUCGGGAAAAGGAGUUCUAUUACUACAUGAAAUCAUAUUCCCCUGUUGAUAAUGUCAAAGCGCAAAACUAUCCUCAUAUACUGGUUACGGCUGGCUUGCAUGAUCAGCGUGUGAUGUAUUCGGAACCUGCUAAAUUUGUGGCAAAAUUGAGGGAGUUAAAGACUGAUGAUAAUACACUGUUGUUUAAAUGUGAUUUUGGGGCAGGGCAUUCAUCUAAAUCAGGAAGAUUUGAGAAGCUCCAGGAAGAUGCAUUCACAUUGACAUUUUUGUUGAAGAUUUUGAAUAUGAUUCCUGCUCCUGACACAACUAUGACAGUGGAAGACUAGUUGCCAACGCUCCCCCAAUUGGUCUUUCU